AUGGGGCACCCGCAGGACGCUUAUUAUAUUGACGUUAAUCGGUUCUGCGAGACCAGCGGGUCCCGCUACGAGACAAGCAGCAACCUGCCAGCCGGACCCCGCCGGUCGCCGCCCCCCCGAGCCCCGCCGACCCCGCUGCCGCUCCCGCCGGGGCCGCGGGCGGCUCCGCGCGGCCUCCCUCGCUCCCCACCGCGCCUCCCCGGCCCAGCCGCGGCACCGGCCGCCGUGGCCGCCCCGAGCCCUCCGCAGGGCCGGCAGCUCCCGGGCAGCGGCUCCUCGCAGCCGCCGCAUCCCCGGCCCCGCGGGCGGAGCGGAGCGGAGCGGGGCGCGGCACGGCCCUCGCUGCCCCUCGCUGCGCUCCCUUCCCCGUCCCCCUUCCCCUCCCUGCCCGCCGCCGCGCACGUCCUCACCGAGCCCGCAGCCGACGAGUCGCCCGCAGCCAGCGGCCGUCGGCCCCGCUGCAGGCGGAAGGAGACCCCGGCGCCGGGGUCGGGCGGCGGGGCGGGAGCUCCGGGGCGGGGCGGGCAGAGGGAGAGGCGGGGCCGGCGCUUCCCACCGCCCCCUCGGCCCCGCUGA